AUGGUCCACGCCACAGGCGAGGAACGCGCCGUACACCUUUCGCGAGAGGCUGUUGAGUUGAGGGAUUCGGGGCAUCAUGAGGCUGCUGUACGAAAUCUUCGAGAGGCGCUCACGCUCGCGCCCGACAAUGCAACUGUCAAAGAUGCCUUAGUAAAGGUCCAACAAGAAGAAGGCAAUGGCCACCAUCUACUGGACCUCUGCCGCCGCUAUGCGACCCAGCGAGACGAAAAGGCAGCGAAAGAUGCUGCCCGGUAUCUCCGGACUGACGGUCUAGUCUCGCCAGAGAGUGUAGGGUUGGAAUGUGCAAAACUCCUGCUUUCAUGCCAAGCACAUGCGCUGUCCUCAGCCCAAGACGAUAUUAUUUCCGGUCUCGUUCGCCAAAAUGCCAGUGUGCGUCAAUAUUUCUCCAGCCAGCUUCAAGUCUCCGUCACCACUUUUUUCGAUGAUCUUUACGACCGGGGCGAUGGCGCCGCAGUGUGCCUAGACACCGUUGUUUUGGACCACUCGGUUUGGCCCUCAGAGGAUGACCGCCUUCAUUGUGAGCGGGAACUGUUCCAGCUCUUUAUUGCCAAACUGAUGGAAUCGGGUCAUGAUCUGGACGGGCGCUCCCUCAAGGGUAUCGCGCGUUUACUUGCCAUUGAGGCGGGUCAGCUGCGAGACCUAAUGGACGACGAGAGCCUUGAUGUGGUUGUCAAUUCGUUGGACCACCGUCUACCACUUGAGUGGAGAAGCCAAGCUACUUUGGCUACUGUGAAAUACCUCGAAGCCUCGAAAGAUGUUGGAGAAAAGCAAUUGUCGAAGAUUAUCUUCACCAAGUUAAGCAAGAACCGCAUUGAUGAUCUUAUUGUUGCCUGUUCCGCGACAGCUGCAGUAUUCCCUGUUGCGCCGCAAGUUGCAGCCGGUCUUUUUCUUUCGGAUGCCUUCAUAGAUGCUCUAAAACCUCUAACUGGUAGGGACCCGAAGAGCCGCAGAAUGGAAACAACGAUUUUGGCGCUGCUUAAUGCCGCUUGCAUUAGCAGCACGAGUCGAGGGGCUAUCUCAAAGCACCUCUCCAACUGGCUCUCUCAUAUACUCACCAACGGAACCGACCAGAACUCGGAGUUAGCGGCUGUUAUUCUGGCAAAGUUAAGGGCUUCCCCAAAGGAAAACAACGGUAAGGCUUCAAACGGCAAGUCUCAGGAUGACGACAGCCAUGUUUCUGAGCUUGUUGACCGAUUCAAGGGAUUGAUGUCCAGAUCUGAAGGUGAUCAUAUCUCGAAUGCGAUCGAGGGUUUAGCUUAUUCCUCCAUCAAACCGGAAGUCAAGGAACAACUUGCCGGUGACUCGGGCUUCCUACAUAGCCUAAUCAAAAUCUUGCAGGACAAGUCUAACGACACCUCGGUCCUCUAUGGAGGUCUGGUGAUUAUUUCGAAUCUUACGCAGUUUCUUCCCAACCUGUCUGAAGAACAGAAAAAGAUCUCUCAACUCAAAUCCUAUGCUGAGGCUAAUGCCGGUGCGGUUAAGAAUGGCCCAAAUGUUCUCGAAGAUGACAAGCAUGUCAUCGCUCGCUGUACCGCCGUUGUCGACGCAGGAGUAGUUCCGCUCCUAGUGGCAUGCGGCAGGAACACCACGCCCUCGAAUCACGAACUUAUCGGCCGCAUUCUACUGUCACUGUCGCGGAAUCCCAAGUCGCGAGGGACUCUGGCACAACAAGGUGCGGCCAAACUGUUACUUGGUCUCUCAACCAGCACCAGUGCCACCAACACCAACAUCCUGAAUGCGUCGCAUGCUCUUGCGCGUAUUCUUAUUUCCGUCAACCCUUCGCAUGUCUUCCCAUUGUCGGGAUUUCCACAUGUUACUUCGGCCAUUCGACCCUUGAUUGCUCUCAUUGCCCCCCCUGAGGCUACUAGUGCCACAGCUGAGCAGCCGCUGGAUAUGCUACCAGUCUUCGAGAGCCUCCUCGCGCUCACGAAUCUGGCCACUCAUCCUGAUGCAGCGGCAGCAGAGGCCAUCGUUCGAAACGCGUGGCCGCAAGUGGAAGACUUGUUGCUUUCUCAGAAUCCUCUUAUCCAACGGGCUGCUUGCGAGCUGGUUUGUAACUUAAUGACAUGCGAGUCUGGGAUUAUCAAGAUGGCCGAUGGCACCAAGCGAGCUGGACAGCGUCUACACAUCUUGCUCGCGCUUACGGAUACGGACGACCUUACUACACAACGGGCCGCGGGGGGCGCGUUGGCUAUGUUGACAGAGUUCGAUCCAGUUAUUGCCGGAAUACUAGACCGGCCGCGCGGGGUCCAACUCCUGCUGAAGCUUUGCCAGGAAGAAGACGAUGGCCUUGUUCACCGCGGGGUUACUUGCGUGCGCAAUCUGACUUGUGCAGCCUCUGGCGAUAUCGGACGCAGGGCGGUCGAAGUCGUGAAGCAAAUUGGAGGCGUUGAAGUCCUAACCAAUGUGCUAAAGAAGACGCGGAACCAGCUAGUGCUCCAACUUGGUGUGGAAGCGCUCAAGCCUUUGGUGGGAUAA